CGGAAUAAAAAAGAACCACUCUAUCAUUUUUAAAAUUGCUGACAUGGCUAACAAGUAAUAAAGUGAAUACAUUUCUUGUGUGACUAAAGAAAAAAAAUCAUCAAAAUGCUGUCCUAUACAUUUUGGCCAGAGGAGGAACAUAUUUGACGGGCAACUUAAAAAGCGCUGACGCGGCAAAUUAAGGCGUUAUUAAGUCUCAAGCAAAGCAGACAUCUAGACCGUGAUUAGGACUGGCCCUUGUGUUUCUCUGGGAAAUGAUUGUGACAUAUCUAUUUCAGUGCUCUUCCACGGUAUAAUUAACAUGUCAUCCUGUCAGAGAGAGAGAGAGGGAGAAACAGAAAGAGAGAGAGAGAGAGAGAGAGAGAGAGAGAGAGAGAGAGAGAGCUGUAUUCAUACACUGACUUUAGCAAAGCAUUCAUUUGCAGAAGCUAAUGGGAAUAAAUAGCAUGUUCGCUGCUCUGUAGUGAACCUUCUAAUCUCUAUUUGCCCACCUGCCACAUGUUCUUAAAGCAGAUAAAAAAAAAAAAAACAUUAAAUCAAAACUUAUAUUUUUUCAACUUUAUAAUAUGUCAGUGGCGUGUCAAAAAGUUUCAAGACUUGUUUUGUGACAUUCCAACAGAUGGCAGCACAAGGCUGCACGCACAGUCACAGGAAGCACCUUAUUAAAUCAGCGUCUCAAAAGCCAUCAACUGUGCAACUGGCGCUAUUCUGACCACCUGCAUUACCUGCGAUUUCAUCAUGGACAGAAAGUGUUUCGAGUGGAAUGCGUUCUUCAAGAAUGGAAGAACAACCCUUAAAGACGACGAGAGAUUAGGCUCAACCCCUGAAAAUGUGCAGGCUGAUCGUUUUAGAACAGUCCACAACAUUGCUGCCAUCGUAGGGGUGUGGUCCGGAACAGUCCAGUUAAUCUUCACGCGUGAUCUGAACAUGGGUCACAUUGCUGCCAAGUUCGUCCCCAGCCUGCUGACCCAGGAGCAGAAGAAACACUGCAGAAGUCUGCCAAGAAUUCCGACCCAUUCUUCAUGUCGAGGAUCAUUACCGGGGACACAAUUUAGGUGAGAGGGCAGAGUUGCGCAAUAAAUCUGACAUAUGCAACCAGUUAACAGAUCAAAUAUUCACAUACAAUAUUCCUGUGAUCUCAUAAAUGAGGGUUGGUUUGAAAGUAACCAACAGUUUGUGAAAGACUCAUAAUUGUAUCCUAAUUGGUGUUUGGUAACGAAGGGCUGCUUUACAUUAGCAGCACCGACUCCAUGACAAACACGUCAUUCAUAGAAAACUACUGAUGGCACCUGCAUUCAUAGCAACUAGUUUCUAACUGAUUCAUCAUUUGAUUGUUAAUCAUAAAUAUAGUAAUGUACCUUGUGUCAGGCAGUCGGUCAUACAAUGGGAUGCAAAAUCAUGAUCCACUAACCAGCUAAUUCACUUAGGGUACAUUAUUUGGCAAUCAAAUAUUUAUUUAUCAA